CGCCACGACGCCACGUGCACGCGCACUGGGAAGCAUUCCAAAACGCGCGUGCGUGCGUAAAUCUUCAUCCCUUCCUCCUCGCAGUGCGUCGCUCUUCCCGUCCAGCGGCGUCACAAUGAUCUGCCUGAUUCUGUCCAUACUUUCAUACGUCUUCCAGCCAGGCUGGACGGGUGUGAAUGAGCGCACCUUUGUUGCCGUGAAGCCGGAUGGCGUCCAGCGGAAACUGGUGGGAGAAAUCAUGUGGCGCUUUGAGAAGAGAGGGUUCAAACUGGUCGGCCUGAAGCUGGUGCAGGCAUCUGAGGAUCUACUGAGGGAACACUACUGGGACCUGAGGAGCAAGCCCUUCUUCCGGGAUCUGAUGAGCUACAUGAGCUCUGGACCGAUGGUAGCAAUGGUGUGGGAAGGUUCUGACGUCGUCAAGACCGCACGUAAGAUGUUGGGAGAGACGGACCCUGCCGCCUCGCUGCCUGGAACCAUCCGGGGGGAUUUCUGCGUGGAGGUGGGCAGGAACGUGAUCCACGGCAGCGACUCGGUGCAGAGCGCGCGGAAAGAAAUCUCUCUGUGGUUCAAACAGAACGAGCUUCACUGCUGGGAGGACAGCAGCAGCCACUGGAUCUACAGCUGAGCGCCUGCACGACCCGUGUGACCUCCGACCUGCAGCCAGACCGCGGGUUGUGUCAGCACUGGAUGGAUCUCACCCUCAGAACAUGUAAGCGCUUCCCAUCAUGCAUCUCUCUCUACCUUUCUGAGGUGAGUUUUGUCUCUAAGUGAGCAAUAACUUCAUGCGUAACAGUGUGCUUCUGUUACGGUUUUUAUUCCAUUCUUUGUAUAGUCCGGAUGCUUGGGUUUGUAGUUUUUAAUAUGUAUGUCGUUCAUAAUGUUUGAGGUUUCACCUAUCAGGGAAUGGCUGUAUUUAAACCAUGAAGGUUCAUUUCUACAGAAACAAGCAGCUGAUGCAAAGUGUUUUAAGUUACACAGCAGCCGAAUUGUUGAGCACCUCAGUGUGUUUUUUUUCUUCGUCCCGGGUGAAUAAACUCAUAUUUGUUAUAGUGAAAAGUCAUCCAAAUAAAAAUGUUUCUCCUGUAUUAGCUCUUCCAAAGAGAACAAUUAACAGCAAUCAACCAACACCUUUAUUGCCUUUCCACACACACGUUUCAGUGUACUGUGCUUUUAAAUUGAAUUCUGUUCAGAUCACUUGACAUGAGAAUACUUGAAUGUAAAAGGUAGAAGGUUUCGUUGUCAGGCUCGUUUUUCCAAAUUAAGGACAAACUGCCUUGAAUUAAAUAGACUAAUAUAUUUUGUUGUAUAAAAUUGUAAUUUUACCAAUAGCUGCUUAGGUCACAUCUGUGCUUUUCUGAAAUCCUAAGAUGCUGUAUGAAUUGUAUCAAAACCAAUAAAUCUGGCGCGGAAUCCCUUUA